AAACAGCUUUCAGCCUGAUAAUGAGCUCAUACAGAACUGACGAUCCAGACCCGCAGCUAGGACUCACCUCUAGGGACAAAUAUCUUCUGAAAAAUUCAUGGGAAACGGUAAUGAAAGACUCGACUGGAAAUGGGAUAAAAUUUUUCAUGAGGUUAUUCGAAAUCCAACCAAAACAUCAGCAAGCCUUCCCCUUCAGAAACAUUUCCAAGAACGACUUACCAACCAACAAAACAUUCCAGGCUCACUGCAACUCUGUCCUGUACAGCAUUAGUUCACUGAUUGGUGUAAUGGAAGAUUCCGCAGUCUUUUCGAGUUUAGCUGCAAAAAUAGGAAUUGCGCAUGCCCCAAGAGGCGUAGAUAUCGAUGCUUUGAAGGACGUCAAAGCGGCCCUAGUUGACACCUUAUCUUUUAUGAAACAGGAAGAAUUGGAAGCCUGGAACAAAUUCCUAGAUGUGAUGGUGAGAGAAGUGUAUAAACCUAUCGAAGAAUACAGAAAAGGAAAACAAUUUUGAAAUGAGUGUGAUACAGCUGGAUAUUCUGGUACAAGGACUAUCCUUUUAUUAAUUAGUUAUAAAGAUGAUAAGUGUUAAAAGACGAAAUAAAUCAUCAUCCCAUCACUUUA